CAGAAGAGUGCCGAUUUAUCAACAGAUCAGUGUGAUGUUUUUUUACCGUCUGAUAUGUCAGAAUUUAUGAUUGGAUGCUAUGAAUAGAAAGUGACCCUUUAGACCAUAGUAGCUUCUGAAUUCAAAUUUGUGACAGACUAUUCUGAUGUUCAAAAAGGAGAGCUAUAAUAGGAUUACCCAGAAAGUGAAGAAAUGAAUCAGUCCGGUGCUGAAAAUACCACACGAAGCUUCCUGCGAUCAGUGUCUGUGAUAUCGGAAUAUGAUGAUGAAGAUGAAUUUUCAGUUCUUUCUGCGAUCGAUGAAUAUGAUACAGCAGAUGGUGACAUUCAAGAUUCAAGAUUCAGUGCAAGAAUGCAAUCUUUAAACGAAGAUGAAUUAACUUUGCCUUUUACAUCAACUCAAAAAGAACCGAAAGAGUUUGAUACAAUCCGAAACAACUGUUGGAUUCCCAAAGUUCCAAUUGAAGUUGAAAUAACAGGUUAUGAGCGACAAGGAACCCAGGUUCUAAAUCCAAACUUAUAUAAAAUAGUGGUAAAACAUGGAAAUUUUACCUGGGUUGUGAAAAAACGCUACAAACAUUUUAGACAGCUUCAUGAACAUCUUUUGUUAUACAGAGCGAAACUAAGUAUACCAAUGCCUACAAAAACCCAUAAAGAUAAGAGAAAGACGUUUAACAGAGAAAAAUUAAGUAUGAAGUUUCCUUCACGACCUGAAGCCCUUGUACAUCAAGAUAGGUUACGAAAACGAAUGGAAUUACUACAAAGUUAUUUACAGAAUUUAUUGAAAGUUCGUUCUUACCGAGAACAUAAUGAAACGAUAAAGUUUUUUGAAGUAAGUCCACUGUCAUUUGUGAGUAUACUGGGUUCUAAAGGAAAAGAAGGUAUAGUAAAGAAGUGUUCUGGUGGUAGAAGCAUUAGUAUCGGUUGUUGUGGUUGUCUUAGAAAUUUACAUGUCUUUGGUACAUGGAAUAAAAGAUGGUUGAUUGUAAAAGAUUCCUGGUUAGCCUAUAUAAGACCAGAGGAUGGACAUAUCAGUGAUGUUUUGUUAAUGGAUUCUGACUUUAGAGUACAAUGUGGAAUGGCAUCUUCUGGGGCACCCCAUGGUGUUCUUAUCACAACACUUCAAAGAAAUUUACUAAUAAGGUGCUGGACAUCAAGAAAGGCCAGAGAAUGGGCUCAUCUUAUUAAAGAAAAGGCCAAAACAAAAGCUGAUGAAUAUACCACAGUUAACAGAUUUCAAGGGUUUGCUCCAGUACGAGAUCCGUCCUAUGCUCAUUGGUUUGCUGAUGCUGCAUCAUACUUUGAAGCUGUAGGAGAUUCUCUAGAGAAAGCCAAAGAAGAAAUAUUUAUUACUGAUUGGUGGUUAAGUCCAGAGAUCUAUAUGAAGAGACCAAUAACUGAAGGUGAUAAAUGGAGAUUAGAUAUGAUAUUAAAGAGAAAGGCUGAAGCUGGUGUUAAGAUCUAUAUAUUAUUAUAUAAAGAAGUAACUAUGGCUCUAGGUAUUGACAGUGCUUACAGUAAAUCAACAUUACUUAGUUUACAUCCCACUAAUAUAAAGAUAAUGCGUCAUCCAGAUCAUAUACCAGGAGGAGUAUUAUUGUGGGCUCAUCAUGAAAAAAUGGUAGUAAUAGAUCAGAAUGUGGCAUUUAUAGGUGGAAUAGAUCUGUGUUAUGGUAGAUGGGAUACAGCUGAACAUAAAUUGAAAGAUCUUGGUAGUAUUCAAUUAAAAAACACCAAAUCACGAGAAUCACUGAACAGUGCACCAAUUGAGUCUGUCACAACAGAGACUACUGUAGACAUGAACCUAUCUAGAGAUUCAGUAGAUGCCGUGGAACCAAGUGAUAUAUCAAUCAAUGUUACACCCCCUACACCAGACGGCAUCGAUAUCAACAAGAACAAAGAAAUAUGUGAUAAUUCUACAAAACAUUCCCAUACACCUCCAUCAACAGGCACAGAAGAAAAUGCUGCAGAUAAAUUUUCAAAUGCUGCCAUGGCCGUGAUGAAUAAUUUACAAAAUGAUACAACAGAUAAAGUCGAUAGUCAUAAUAGAGUCUCUGACUCGGAAAUUGGCUCAUCUGCCAGAGAAAAUAAAAAUGACACAGAAGUUGGCUCAUCCGCCAGAGAAAAUAACAAUACCACUGAAAAAGACAGCAAGAAAAACAAACAACAUUUGUGGAAGUUGAAAGCUGAAAAAGAAGGACUUCACUUUAAUAUAAAACCCACUGGCUAUAACGCCUUAGAUGAUAUCAUACCCAGUUCCAAUGACAAGAACGUCCAGGCCCAAAAAAUUGUUAGUUUAAAUAAGGAACAGCAAGGCUCUGGUGGAUCGGGACAAAAAGGAAAUGAACAUGCUAAAGCUGAUAAAACAAAUAGUGGUGGGAGUCAUACUUCAUCACAGAAUUCACAGAGUGACUUAAUAAGAAAGGCAGCACAGUCAGCACAGUCACCACCAUCAUCACCAUCUGCUAGUAGCACUGGAAUGGCAGCAGUAGCUAGAACUGAUACUAUGUUAAAUAGGUUGAAGAAGCAAGAACAUGAUGGUGAUAGUAGUAGUGAUGAUGAAGAAAGUAAUGCCAGAAAAAGAUGGAAAAUGGUUUUAAAUAUGAAGAAAUUUCAGUCAUCAACAACUCAAGAUGGAGAAGAACAAGAAACAAUAAAUGAAAAAUUAUUUUUAGAUGAUAAAAAGUCAAGCAAGUCGGCUAAGUUUGCUCAUUUAGUUGAUAAACUAAGGGAAAGAAGAGGAAGUAUAGAUCAACCAAUGACCUUACUAGAAAAUAAAGAUAAACAGAAGAUGGCAGAAACAAAUAAAUCUAUGCAAAGAACCGACAGUGAAACAAAAAUAGAUGAACUAGGAUUGGUUGGUUCGACUAAAUUAUGGAUUGGCAAAGAUUACGUCAAUUUUAUCUACAAGGAUUUUGUUCAGUUAGAUGCCCCUUUUACGGAUUUUAUAGAUAGAAAUGUGUGUCCCAGAAUGCCAUGGCAUGAUAUAGGAGCUGUAGUAUAUGGUAAAUCUGCUAGGGAUGUCGCACGACAUUUCAUUACACGCUGGAAUUAUACUAAGACAAAGAAAUUUAAAAAGAAGAAUUCUUACCCAUUUAUACUACCUAAAACCAAUGCUAGAUGUACUGUUCCUAUGUCUAUAAAAGGUGUUACUUAUGAAGUCAAGUCUCAGAUUUUACGAAGUUCCAGUCGUUGGUCAGCAGGUAUUAGUACUAUUGAAGCGUCCAUUCACACAGCUUACAUACAUUGUAUUGAAAAUGCAAAACAUUAUAUUUACAUUGAGAAUCAGUUUUUCGUCACAUUAAUAGAAGACGAGACAAAUACAGUAUUAAAUGGUAUUGGAGAAGCUUUAUACAGACGUAUUAUUAGAGCUCACAGGAGUGGAGAAGAGUUUCGGGUGUAUGUGGUAAUGCCAUUAUUACCAGCAUUUGAGGGUGAAUUUGGUACAUCAGAAGGGACAGCACUUCAAGCAGUUACUAACUGGAAUUAUGCAUCGAUAUGUAGAGGUCGCAACUCCUUAAUAGAGAGACUCUCUAAAGAAGUGGCUGAUCCCUUGAAUUAUGUUGUGUUUUGUGGUUUAAGAACAUGGGAAGAACUGAAUGGGAGACUGGUAUCAGAGUUAGUGUAUGUUCACAGUAAAUUAAUGAUUGUGGAUGAUGAUACAGUGAUAAUAGGAUCAGCUAAUAUUAAUGAUCGCAGUAUGCUGGGUAAACGUGACAGUGAGUUAGCUGUUAUGGUAGAAGAUAUUCAAAAGACUCCAGUAAGAAUUAAUGGUAGAGAACACUUUGUUGGAAGAUUUGCCUCAUCAUUGAGAACCACGUUAUUCAGGGAACAUCUGGGACUGGGUGAUAGUGAUACAUUGGAUAUAACUGAUAUAGUCCGACAAGAUUUCUAUAAAAAUAUCUGGAUAAAACAAGCUGCUGUAAAUACUACUAUAUAUGAUACAGUUUUCAGGUGUAUGCCUUGUGACUAUGUUCGCACAUUUAAAGAAAUGAAAGAGUAUUUAGCAGAGCCAGCAUUAGUAGAAACGAAUCCCACAGAAGCCUUUGAAAAAGUUAAAGGAGUCAAGGGCUACUUGGUUCUUUUACCCAGAGAGUUCUUAAAGGACGAAAACUUAGAACCAGCUCGUGGUACUAAGGAAUCUUUGUUGCCUUCUUAUUUAUGGACCUAGUUGAUUGGAUGAAACAAUAAAAUUUCAAUAUUCUACACUUUAACAGGUACAUAAAUAGAACUUUAAAUUAGAUUAAGAAUACCUUAGAAUAACUAAAAAAAAAAAACAUGUGAAAAUAAUACAGAAAGGGGUUUCUGUUUGUAUAAUCCUUGUUGACAUUUUUAAAUUUGAAGGAAUUUUUGUUGCCUUCUUAUUUAUGGGACCUAGUUCAUUGGAUGAAAAAAUAAAAUUUCAAUAUUCUACAUAAGUAGAAGUUCAGAUUAUAUUAAGAAUAUCAUAGAAUAAUCCCUGUUGACAUUAUUAUAUUUUAAAAGCACCUUGUCAACAUUUAGGCAGAAUAAAACCUUACUAAUAUAAUAUGAGCAUUAUUCACAAAGAGUGUAUAAGGAAUAUUGGAGAUAAUAAUAUUGGAGGGAAUAAUAAGUUUAUCAUAUAGUUUUUUAUUAAUUAAAGAUUGUAUAUAUUAAAUGGUGUUUGCUGUGACUUAUCUAGGUAUUAGAAUUAGUGCUAUUAUUAAUGAGCAUCACAAAAAAAAUCAACCAUUUUAUAAGGUCUCAGGAUAAAAUACAUAUGCAAUGAUAUCUACAGAUCAUUACAUUCAUUAACAAACAAUUACUUUGUGAAUUUUUGACAUUAUUCAGGUUUUAAAAUUUUACAUGUUCCAGUGUACUGACAGUUUCAUUUGUAUGUGAGAUCUCUUGUCAUUAAAACCCAUUUUGUUUAGUUCCAUUUGUAUCUGAGAUUUUUUAUUUUUUUUGUUUAGAAUUUAGCGAUCAAUUUGUUUGGAUUAUUUUUUUGCAUUUUUAGUUUUACAAUUUACAAACAUUAAUAUUAAAUACUAGCUUCAUUUUUAAUCUGCAAGUUGUUGAAACACAGAUAGUAUUGCAUUUAUAAAUAUUUAAAAUACAGAUGUGACGUCACCCUUUGAUGUUGGUGUACCAUUAUUUCAAAUAAUCGUACGGGCAACUUGCCAAUGGUACAUUAAUUAUACUAGUGAAAUAUUGGACUCACUUGACGUAUAUCACUGUAAAAGUAUGGCGUGGUGUCUGUAUUUUAAGUCGUUUAAUGGUCUCGAGCUUAAAACAUUGCGUAAUAUAUUGUAAAAGCACUCUGGCCUACAGCCCUCUUUUUGUUACAGUGUAUUACUUAAUGUCUCGCUCUCGACCAUUAAGCAAUGCAUAUUUGUCCCAAUACAGAAUUAUUUCAAUGGCAUUAUCGAUCAACACUGGCAUUAUCUGCACUGCUGAAAAUCACAUUUUUAUCAUAUUUUAAUUCGAUUUUUAAUAUUGUUCAUAUUUAUUCAUAGAUGUAUCAUAUAAAUAAUAAUAUUUAUGCGAAAUAUAGAAUCUCUGCUUUAUGCUAAAUAUAUAUGUUAUAAUAAAUAUUAAAUUAUGCUCAAUUAAAACUAGUCGAAAUUCAUGGCCAUCCAGUAUGCUAAAAUAAUACAUAGGUAUUAAACAGAUAAGUAAAUAUAAUUGAAGAAUCCAUAAAACACUCCAACCUCGUGGGUUUUCUCCGGGUCCUCCCACUGCUAAAAACCCCUACGUGCAAGUAGGGUACAGAAAAGUGCCAAUUGUGUGAUGAUUUCAUUGAAAUGUAUGUGUGCGAUAGAGUGUUUAAGUUGUUUAAUGGUCUCAAGCAAGACAUUGCGUAAUAUAUUGAUACAGCCCUUGGACUAACGCCCUCGUGCAAUAUCAAUAUAUAACUUAAUGUCUUGCUCUCAACCAUUAAACCACACAGAAUGUAGUAGUGUAACAAAUAUUUGAUCAUAGUUAGUUAAUAUUAGUUUAGAAAUGAUAAACAGAAAGCCAUGUUUUACAUGUCACACAUAUCUUUAUAUUACAAUAAAAAUACAGUCAAUAUGACUCUUUAUAUUUUUUGAAAAACUUAUAAUUACAGUUGUUGCAAAUAACAGUGAAAAUGAAUUUAUGAAUCUUGAUUCAAAUGAUGUUAAAAUGUUUUAUAAAAUGUACAUUUGUUGAUCAUGGUUGUUAAUAAUGUAUAGGAAAAAUAAUUUAUUUUUAAAACAAAAUGCUUGAGACUACAUUAGUCUUCAAAUAGGUAGUAAUAAGUACUUCUAGCUAUUUUUUUCAUACUUGCAAAAAGCCAAAAUAUUUUUUUUUGCUAAAUCAACCCACGAAUUUGCGUAAUUGCCUUUGAAAAUUGCAGCUGUCAUUUUAAUUUUUUUUAUCUAUGCUUUUUGGGUAUAAAACUAUUAUAAAAUUUGACUGUUGCCUAUGUCUGUAAGAACUGAAUUUUUGACAAUAUUUAUUUUCAUAAUCCAUAAAAUGUGGAAACUAAAUCGUUCCAAAUCUAGUUGAAUAUACAGGGAAUUAAUGCAUUAUCAUUUUUGCAUUGCAAUCAUUUCCUGUUCUUACCAUGAGAAAUUAUAUUUAAUCCUGUCAGUGUUAUUUCCACCUUAUAUGUUUUCCUAUAUUAUUGUGAUUCAAAUUUUAUUACAUGACUCUUUAUAUUAUAAUUUUUCAAUUAUUUGUAAAUGUUUAUAUAUAUAUGUAUGUAAUUUAUACAUAAUAGCAGCAUUACCUUUUCCCUAUUAAUCAUUAUUAAAACACAGUAAACCUCGAUUUCAUUAAUCAUUAUUAAAACACAGUAAGACCCGAUUUGAUUAAUCAUGAUUAAAACACAGUAAGACUCGAUUUCAUUAAUCCUGAUUAAAACACAGUAAGACCUGAUUUCAUUAAUCAUGAUUAAAACACAGUAAGACCCGAUUUCAUUAAUCAUGAUUAAAACACAGUAAGAUCCGAUUUCAUUAAUCAUGAUUAAAACACAGUAAGACCCGAUUUCUUUAAUCAUGAUUAAAACACAGUAAGACCCGAUUUCCAUGUAUGCGUUUCCGCGCGUGUCUGAUGCAUAUGUAAUGGAACCAUUUUCUUAAAACCAAUAACGUAGAAAUGUGUCCAAGGAAAACAGGCCUUAGUGUAUUACAUUGUUGUUAGAUUAAACCCAGUUGGUAUAAUUAUUAAUAUUGUUUUAUUUCGUUUUUUUGUUAAAGGGUCAAUCUCUGUUAAUAUCGGGAUGGUCCCUUUAGCAUCUUCUAUGUGCCACAGUUUCAGUCGCCCAUACACUUAUGAGUUGCAAAUGGCAGUAUUUUCAAUAUGAUUCUUUAUGGAUUUCUAUCAAUAUUGAAACAGCUGUUCACAACUGUCGCUAAUGGUUCUACUUUAUUUUUUAUUUUGUUUGCUCUAAAGGAUGAUAGUUAUUAGCUUUAAUAUUAUUUGUAUUAUUUGCUACCCCGGGGCUCUUCAUAUUUUACUGUACAGAAGCAGAUUAUGGAAUUGUUGUAGAGAAAAUAUUUAUGUGCCAGUCAUAACGAUAAUAAAAUAUGUCAUUUGUUGUUUUUGGAUUGAGGAACCAUGGUGGCUAAGUGGGUAAGACGCUGGCUCGCUAGUCUAGAGGUCGCAUGUUCGAUCCCUGCAUUGGCCAAGAAAGUUCAUCAGGAUUUUCUGACGUGGUUUCCCCUUGUCAGUGAUGCAGGAUAGAGGGCCUGACAAGGACAGCUGUCUAGUCGUUCGGAUGGGACGAAAAACCAAGGUCCCGUGUAUACAUUGGCAUGCACGUAAAAGAUCCCCUGGCAGUUAGAAUUCGAUAUAAGAGUAGGCCAUAGUGCCGCUGCCCGGGCAAAAUUUCCCUCACACCACACUGUUUAGUGAAUGGCCGUCUUCAUUAGCCCAAUCGGAGCAGAACAGUAGGACGUUAAACCACAUUUAUUUCGUUUUUGGAUUGUGUUAGACUUGUUUGCUGAGAAAGGAAAAUAGAUUUGUAGGAAAAAGUAGAAUAGUGUUGCUGUAGAAAUAAUUAUAUUGAAAAACAUAAGUUAAUGACUCCAUUUUCUAUAUCGGAAUUUUGUUUUACUGACCACUAGGCUCCUUAGAACAGUAGAUUCACGCUUACCAGUAGUUGACACUUAAGUUUAUAACUAAUAUGUAGUCUUUAACAAUCAAGGUUAUAAGUAAUGUAGUCUUUAAUGCCAAAGUUUAUAAGUAAUGUAGUCUUGAACAGUCAAGGUUAUAAGUUAUGUAAUCUUUAAGUUUAAUAAUCAAGGUUAUAAGUAAUGUAGUCUUGAACGCCAAAGUUUAUAAGUAAUAUAGUCUUGAACACUUAAGGUUAUAAGUAAUGUUGUCUUUAACGCCAAAGUUUAUAAGUAAUGUAGUCUUGAACAGUCAAGGUUAUAAGUAAUGUAAUCUUUAAUGAUCAAGGUUAUAAGUUUAUAAGUAAUAUAGUCUUGAACACUCAAGCUUAUAAGUAAUAAUAGUCUUUAACACUCAAGUUUAUAAGUAAUGUAGUCUUUAACACUCAAGCUUAUAAGUAAUAAUAGUCUUUAACACUCAAGCUUAUAAGUAAUGUAGUCUUUAACACUCAAGCUUAUUAGUAAUGUAGUCUUUAACACUCAAGCGUAUUAGUAAUGUAGUCUUUAACACUCAAAUUGUUUCAAUGGCAUUAGGUAAUUGAACUGGAAUAUACAGGUCACAAUUCUAUGGAAUACUGAGCGACGUUUCAACAAAGCUUCAUAAUAAGCUGUCAUUGUAUUCCAUAGAAAUGUGACCUGUAUAUUUAAAACUCAAGUUUACAAGUAAACUUAGAAUAUGGUUGUGUGAUGUUAGUAUGACCAUAAUUGUGCUGUCUGUUUAUGUAUAUAUAUGUACACCUACACGGUAAUUUAUCAAGUAUUAUCUAAUACAAUGAAAGCAGUUGUGUAAAAGUAUUAUUGAUAUAUUUCAGCAAUACGCACUAGUGCCUUUUUAUAUUUCGCAAAAUGUAUUCACAAAUUUGUUUUAGUGUGCUGGGUGAUUAUUUUUGAUAAUAAUGAGUUCAAGAGUGAAUAUAUAGAAUGAAUGGCUUUUACCUUAUGCUUGAAACAAAUAUAAAUUUUACAGUAGUGUACCAGGGUCCUGUUUCUUGAAAUCUUAACUAAAGAUAAAAUCCAAAUUUUAGUAGAUACUUCAAUUUUGAUUAGCUAAGCACUAAAAUCAAUCUAAUAUUAUCCAAUCAAAUUACUAAAAUUUGGAUUUUAUCUUAGUUAAAAUUUCGUGAAACAGGGCCCAGAUGACUAGAAUUUUUAAAAUGGUCAUAUAUGGUCAUAUAUUGUUGUUGCACUUGUUGAUUGAUCUGUUCGUCCAUCCACGGUUAUUCGUACUAAGCACAUUUUCAGGAAUAGUUAGUAUUGGUGUAAACAUGGGCCCGAUCAAAUUUAAGAAUUUUUGUAAAAACAGUUGCAGAGUAAUGGGCCCUAACCGAUAUUGAUUGUUAAUAGAGAAAUAUUACCAUGCUCAUAUUCACUCCCUUCUUCACAGAUUCUCAAGAAUAUUUAGUAUUGGGCUAAAAAUGGCCCUUAUCAAUUUGGAGCGUUUUUACAAAAGCACUUACAGAGUUAUGGCCCUUGACUUAUAUAUGAUAGUUGAUAUGCACACAUUACUGUUGACCUCCUCCCAUCAUCGAUUUUUGGUGAAUUUUUGAUCAAAUGUUAUUUAUUACCCAAUUGUACCCGCUCCCAAUAAAUUGGAACGUGAUCAUUAUUUACCGUACUACGCAGUUUGCGCAUGUUACUUUGUCUGGCAAGCUAUGUUUGUUUUUUUUAUCUAGACAUCUUUUUCCUGAAAAUGUUAUGAUGACAAUUUUGCAAAUUAUGAUACCCAAUAAAAACAGAUUGACAUUUAAUGGAUUGAAUAUAUAGGAUAUUUCAAUGUGUGUUCAACUGCAAGAUCUUGGAUUAUUCUUAAUCCCAAAAUGAUUGGGAUGUGAAAUUAAUUUAAUUCAUUUAAUGUCAAUUAAAAUACAUACACCUUCCAUUAUCGAAUUCAGACUUGAACACAACAAGGGUCACAUUAGAUUUAUAUUGUAUUCAAAAUAAACCAAUUUCUUGUUUUUAGUUUACGAAUUUUUUAAUUUAUUAAUAAGCAGUGCCAGUAUUAGUAGAUCUAUAUGGUUGAAACCCUGCUUAAUAUUUGAAUAUUAUGUAUAUUUAUAUCAUUGUAUUUUCAGUAAAGCUAUCACCAUUCCUGUAUCAUAUACCUCUAUUAUAUUUAAUAUGAAUAAACUAUAAUACACUGGGUAUAUAUUAUUGUUAAAUUUUAAUUGGUGAAGGUGUAACCAUGCAUAAUAUAAAUUGUAUUAAUGACAUAGGAAAUGGUUUCUAAUAUUAUAUUAAUUCUACAGGUGGUCGAGGACAUAUAGAUUCAAAAUUUGGAAUGUAUGUGACUUCAUUUUAUAUAGUAUAUAAUAUUAGAUAUUUUUAUAUAAUUUCUUGUUUUUGUCUUUUAAUAUCUUCACAUUUAUCUUUUCUAAUAUCCACAAACCUAUCAUUAUAUUUUCUAAUACCUACAAAUCUAUCAUUAUUGUAAACACUUCAGAAAAGUGCACAAAAGUAUUAAAUUAUUAUCAGAUUACCAGUAGAGGGAAAUUGUGCCAUUGUCGCUGGACAGAGCAAUACACAAAAACACAUACUUAUGGAAAAACAGCUACUUAAUAUUCUAGUAUUACGGUACUAUUAAGUAGCUGUUUUUCCAUAAGUAUGUGUUUUUGUGUAUCAAUCUAAAUGAAUGAUCUCUUUAUAUAAGUAAUACAUUAUUUACCACUAAAUAUGUUUCUUUUCAAAGGACAAGCUUUUAUUGGUUAAACUUAGAAUAUAUUCCAGGCUUUUUUUAUAGCAAUUUAUUUUUAUUUAGAUUAUAUUAUAAGAAAACCAUUAGAUCCUAUAUACUAUGAAUAUGGCUACAAUAAUUGGAUUUUAUUAUUUAAAAAUAUAUAAUAAUCAUCAUGGCCUUACCCUCAGACCAUUUCUACCUCAGUUACCCUUGGUAAGGAUGAAGUUAUUACUGUCUAUACUAGGUGAUUGAGAAUGAACACCAUGAUAAGAUAAGAUAAGAUUUUAUUGUAGCAUUGCAUCCACUAAGGACAGCAUACACAGUUUAAACAAAAGCUGAUUAUACAAUUAUAACAUAACAUCUGGGCUGAUCAUUUAUGGAUGUACAAUGUGAUAUAAUAAGUCUAUAAGCAAUAAAAGAUGGUCAAUAUAAUGAAAAUCAGUAUAGAGCUAAAACGAAAAUUAUCUAGACUAGCCUGGAAAGCAAACAAACUAUUUCUACCAGUAAGUAUUAGUAUAAUAAACAUAUAUUGAACAGGAAUUUGGUUAACAGGUAACUCUGAUGCUCUUUCUUGUUAUGUCCUUCUGGGCUGGAUCAGUCAGAUGCUGAUUAACCAAUUAUAACCCAAUCUUUACCAAGGUUAGGUGAGGUAAUAACAAACUAAGGGGAAGGUCAGUAGUAUAACAGUGUUAUGUUUAAUAUUUCUUUGGAAAUAAAAACUAUUUAGUGAUAAAAUAA